AUCUCUCCCUCCCUCUCUGUCUCUGUCUCUCCUGUUAAUCCAAUAUGGCGAGUGAGGUAGAAACACUCGACACCCUUCUGAACAAGGCCACAAAUCCGGCCAACCGCGAAGAAGACUGGGAUCAUAUGAUGAUGUUCUGCGACCGGGUCAACAAGGACAUCGAGGGCCCGAUGAUCUCAGUACGACUCCUGGCCCACAAGUUGCAGUCACCGCAGGAACGAGAAGCUCUCUUUGCCUUGUUGACCCUGGAGACGUGUGUGAAGAACUGUGGCAGUCGGUUCCAGUCAGAAAUUGGAAAAUUUAGAUUUUUAAAUGAAAUUAUCAAAGUUGUUUCCCCUAAGUAUUUGGGGACCCGGACCUCGGAAAACGUGAAGAAACGUUGCAUUGAGUUGAUGUACAGCUGGACCCGCGAUUUAAGCCACGAACCGAAGAUUGGAGAGGCGUACGCUAUGCUGAAGACGCAGGGCAUAGUCAAAGAAGACCCUGCAUAUAUUGAUAAGAAUUUAAAUGCUAACCCGGCACCCCCACCCAGGCCAAAGAAUGCUUUAUUUGAAGACGAUGAGAAAGCACGGCUGCUGUCUCGGCUACUGAAGAGUAAAAAUCCUGAAGAUCUCCAAGCAGCCAACAGAUUGAUCAAAAAUAUGGUUCAGCAGGAUGCUGACCGGAUUGACAAAAUCUCGAAGCGGGUGUCCGAGCUGGAGACAAUCAACAACAACGUGAGCGUGUUGUCGGAAAUGUUGGAACACUACGGCACUGAGUCGGCGUCGCAGAGUGACCGCGACACCAUGAAGGAACUUUACGAGACUUUGGAGAAGCUGCGGCCAAAUUUAUUCCGGUUGGCAAGUGAUACAGAUGAACAGGAUAACGAUGGAAUUGCCGAUAUCCUGAAAGCCAACGAUGAGGUGAUGAAGGUGAUGAAUCAGUAUAAAUUGAAGGUGGAAGGCUCCAGUGACUUUGGUACAAACCACACAUUGCUCGACCUGGGCUUUGACCAGACGACGCAGUCCCCCAACAAGACGAAGGCCAACUUGGCUUCAACGACCACCCCCGUGGGAGCAUCUAUCCUCGACGAACAGCUGCUGGCUUUAGGUCUGAGUGACCCGCCGGAUAUGAAGCCUGUUGUCGCUUCUAACCAACCAAGUUCAAACCUUGACAACAGCAGUUCCUCCACCAUUGACCAGUUGAGUGAUAUUUUUGGAUCAGUCAAUGUGGAACCUUCAGACAAACUCAGCAAUGUGAUAACAGCCAGCAGCACGACAGAUGCCAAUCCUUCACCAAUCCAUUCAGUUUUCAACAUGGGGGCCACGAACACACCACUGCACAGUGGCAUGGCGCAGGCUCCCGUGUUCCCCAACUUCACUGCGACGUCACAGACACCGUCCCUGGCCUCAGGGUCUUUUGUUUCUGCACCACUGAAGAACAAACCGCAGGCGUUUGGCUCCAUGUCUGCAGACGCACUCGGCAUGCGGCUGUCCUCGUCCACCACGGUGAGCGAGUCCCAGAAGAAGGCCAUGGAGGAGUUGGACAUGCUCGGUAAAGCCAUGUUGAUGCAGUCUCUGUCGAAAGAGAAAGGUCAGAGUAGUUCGUCGACAAAUUCCCCGUUCACGUCGGCGUUGUCUGCAACCGGCACCAACACCACCACCAACACCACCACCACAACAGCAGCGACUUCGUUGUCGACGACGCCGGCCACACAUUCCACAAACAGCGCCAUCGGACCAUUCAUCGGCGCCUCCACCACCACCACUGGUUCUACUUCUACCACGACGACGACCACCACCACUACUGCUACUACUAAUAAUACUAAUAAUAAUACUUCUUCAGCUCUCGACGACACAAUCGGCGACCUGUUCUGCUUCAACGGAGACCUCACGCCGUCGAUCUUGACGACCGCAUCCACUACGCCCGCCUCCAGCAUCAUCUCCACGACGACGACGACCACGAAAGAUGCUGCCGAUAUCCUGACAGCGACGACAGCAAUAUCAAAUAAUACUACCACCACCGCCACCGCCACAACAACAAUCAACAGCAAUGGUAGCGGCAGUGGUGGUGGUGGUGGAGACGUGGUGGGGUCGCUGCUCAACUUCUCCACGAAGCCGCUGGUGCCCGUCGGACAGGAACCCGCCUACUCGGACGGCAGCGGCGGAGGGGGAGGAGGCGGGAGCAACAUCAUCAACACCGGCUCCCCCACCCUCGUGCCGAAGGAGCCGAUCUCGCUGUCUGAUGUCUUUGUGCCACUGGAGUCUGUUGAACCAGGAGCUACUUCUUCGAUCAAUGCCUAUGAAAAAGAUGGUCUAAAGAUUGUGAUACAUUUUGCCAAGAACAAACCUCGACCGGACGUCCUCGUGCUGGUCGUAUCUGUGAUGAAUAGUGGUUCAAUUCCCAUUCGGAACUUUCUCUUCCAAGCUGCUGUCCCAAAGAUGAUGAAAGUGAAACUCCAGCCUCCGUCAGCUACAGAUUUGCCUUCUUUCAACCCAAUCUUACCACCAGCGGCCAUCACGCAAGUCAUGUUGCUAGCCAACCCUCUCAAGGAGAAGAUACGAUUAAAAUACAAGAUCACAUAUUACAAGGAGUCGGUGCAGCUGUCGGACGUCGGGGAGAUCGACGACUUUCCAACCAACUGACCACCACUCCUCGGCAACACACAGACGACCACCACCCACAGAUCAACACAAUACUCUAGCCACGAGGAACUGAAGACUGACCAUCUUGAAAGGGCCUUUUUGAUAUUCUAUCCCGAGGUAGAGGGAUAAGGGAGUCCGGCUGGGGGUGGUGGGUCAGGAGUAGAUUGUGUGCGUGCGUGUGUGUGUGUGCGUGUGUGUGUGUGUGUGUGUGUGGUGGAGGCUGGUGGUGGCAGGGUGGCGAGCGGUUCCGAUCCAUUCUGUUCCACUCCUCCCACCCCUGCCACUGUUUCCUCCGCCGUCGCCACUACUUGGUGUGUAUAUAGGAAAGGGAUGGUAGGUGGGUGGACCCUUUUGGGGGACUAUGUCUUUCUCUGUCUCUCUAGGAGAUGUGGGUGGGAAAUGUGGAGGGUGUGUGAGUGGGGAGAAGGAUGGACACUAGUCAUUAUUAUGGUCUUUAUGUAUACAUAUAUACACAUAUACACACAUGUAUGUAUAUAUAUUGACAUAUAUAUAUUUACAUAUCUUUACAUAUAUAUGAAUGCAUAUAUAUAUAUAUACACACACACACACGUACACAAACUCACAUACACAUAUAUACUUAUAUUAUAUAUAAUAUACUUAUAUAAAUGUAGACACAUAUAUACACACAUAUGUAUAUAUGCACACACACACACACAUACACGCAGGUGAGUUGUCAAAUGAAAGAAAGGCACUCAACAAAUUUAUUCGGAGUUACAUGUAUGGAUCAAAGCAGUUUGAUUCAAAUUCGUUGGUACUCUGAGUUUCAUGAGUGAUGAUAGUCUUCAGCCAUUCAACAAAUUUGAAUCAAACCAUUUUGAACGAUAUAUAUAUAUAUAUAUAUAUACACAUACGCACAUACACACAUACAUA